GAGGGGCUCCUUAAAGAAACGCUGCUGUCGCUCGCCUGCUCGCUUCUCGCUCGGCAUUGUGGCCAGCCAGCCGGGCACUUGGGGGGCACGCGCGGCCGCCGCUCGAGCUCUGCCCCCACCCCACCCGCCAGCAGAUCUGGGGUGGGGACCCAGGCGGGGGCUCCCGCAGCCACUGCCCGGCGCGGACCGCAAGGAGCGACCCACUCUUCCCGGCGCCGAGAAAGGAGCAACGGAGCCCUCUGCAGCCGGCCGGCCUCUCCUCCCCUGACCACUCGCUUCCCGGCUGCCUUUGUGGCCGCAGUUUCUCGCCGCCGAGCAGAGGGCCGGCGGGGCGCGGUGCGCACGGCCGAGCGAUGCCCAGCUCGCUGUUUGCAGACCUGGAGCGCAACGGCAGCGGCGGCGGCGGGGGAGGCGGCGGCGGGGGAGGCGGCGGCGGGGGAGGCGGCGGCGGCAGCGGCGGGGGAGAGACCCUGGAUGACCAAAGAGCCCUGCAGCUCGCGCUCGACCAGCUCUCCCUGCUGGGGCUGGACAGUGACGAGGGCGCGUCUCUGUACGACAGCGAGCCGAGGAAGAAGAGCGUGAACAUGACCGAGUGCGUGCCGGUGCCCAGUUCCGAGCAUGUCGCCGAGAUCGUGGGGCGGCAAGGUUGUAAAAUCAAAGCGCUGCGGGCGAAGACCAACACUUAUAUCAAGACCCCGGUUCGUGGGGAGGAGCCUGUCUUUGUUGUGACGGGCAGGAAGGAGGAUGUGGCCAUGGCUCGGAGGGAGAUCAUCUCUGCCGCCGAGCACUUCUCCAUGAUCCGCGCCUCGCGGAAUAAGAACACGGCGCUCAACGGCGCAGUGCCCGGGCCGCCUAACCUGCCGGGGCAGACCACCAUCCAGGUGCGGGUGCCCUAUCGCGUGGUGGGGCUCGUGGUGGGGCCCAAGGGCGCCACGAUCAAGCGCAUCCAGCAGCAGACGCACACGUACAUCGUGACGCCCAGCCGCGACAAGGAGCCGGUGUUCGAGGUGACCGGCAUGCCUGAGAACGUGGACCGAGCUCGCGAGGAGAUCGAGGCGCACAUCGCCCUGCGCACUGGCGGCAUCAUUGAGCUCACAGAUGAGAACGACUUCCACGCCAAUGGCACGGAUGUGGGCUUUGAUCUGCAUCAUGGGUCCGGCGGGUCCGGCCCAGGCAGCCUCUGGAGCAAGCCCACCCCCAGCAUCACGCCCACUCCGGGCCGCAAGCCCUUCUCUAGCUAUCGCAACGACAGCUCCAGCUCGCUUGGCAGCGCCUCCACAGACUCUUACUUCGGCGGGGGGACCAGCGGCAGUGCAGCUGCCACCCCACGCCUGGCGGACUAUAGUCCCCCCAGUCCCGCGCUCAGCUUUGCUCACAACGGAAACAACAACAAUGGCAAUGGAUACACCUACACGGCGGGGGAAGCUUCUGUGCCUUCCCCUGACGGCUGUCCUGAGCUACAGCCCACCUUCGACCCGGCUCCCGCCCCACCGCCUGGGGCUCCACUUCUCUGGGCCCAGUUUGAGAGGUCCCCGGGAGGCGGACCUGCAGCUCCCGUGUCCUCUUCCUGCUCUUCCUCUGCAUCUUCGUCGGCUUCGUCUUCCUCUGUGGUCUUUCCCGGGGGCGGCGCCAGCGCGCCCUCCAACGCCAACCUGGGGCUGCUGGUGCACCGCCGGCUGCACCCGGGCACCAGCUGCCCCCGUUUGUCCCCGCCCUUGCACAUGGCUCCGGGGGCGGGCGAGCACCACCUGGCUCGCCGGGUGCGCAGCGACCCGGGCGGAGGGGGCCUGGCCUACGCCGCCUAUGCCAACGGCCUGGGGGCGCAGCUGCCGGGCCUGCAGCCGUCGGACACAUCCGGCUCCUCGUCCUCGUCCAGCUCCUCCUCCAGCUCUUCAUCCUCCUCCUCUGGGUUGCGGCGUAAGGGCAGCCGUGACUGCUCCGUGUGCUUUGAGAGCGAAGUAAUCGCCGCCCUGGUGCCCUGCGGCCACAACCUCUUUUGCAUGGAGUGCGCCAACCGCAUCUGCGAGAAGAGUGAGCCUGAAUGCCCGGUCUGCCACACCGCGGUCACUCAGGCCAUCCGCAUCUUUUCUUGAAGGCGGCGGCGCGCACCACGCGGGGGAUGGAGAACCCGCUUUCCUCCAUCCUCACUCCCCAGCGCCUCUUUGCCUCCUUGGUGCCCCACCUUCUCCUCCCCGCCUCCCUGCUCACACUCUGAGAUCCGAAGAGGAGCUUGGAAAGCUGUAGUAUCCGCUCAUUUUUUUAAAUUUAAAUUUUUAAACAAAGGAACUUGCCAGGAUAUCUGCAUCAAGAGUACUGUAGCCUGGGAAACCUCCGAACCACCUUAAAUGCAUGCUCUAUAAAUAAUAGGAACGGCGACAUUCUAGUAAUGAUAGUUUUUACACUGUACUUAAUAGGAAGCUUCCAAAAGAAGAAAACCCCACAAGUUUUCCAUUUUCUUAAAGUAGGAAAAAAAUGAACAAUAAUUAUUAUGAUGAAGAUGAUAAUAAUAGUGCUAUGGGAUGUGUGGACUGUUUUAGUGUGUUCCCCUUUGUGGCUGGGUUCCUACGAUGCUUAUUAUAGAACACAGUGGAUCCUUUUUGAAUGUUCGUGGAAGGGCCAGGAGUUCCUGUGAAACCAGGAUACUGCAGCUUUAUUAAAGUUAAAGAAACUGUAACAUAUCUCUUAUAUAUUAAAAAACGUUUAAAAGUUUUAAAGAGAAAUUGCAUUAAUACAGAUUGAAGUAUUUUAUUCUUUUUUGACUUGAAAAAUUAUAUUUCAUAUUGCAAAGAUGUUUACAAGUAUUUUAAUUUAAGUUCAGUGAACUUUUUUGUAGCUGGGUUAAAUCUUUUUAUUUUAGUAUGGCCUUAUGGCAAAGAACACUGUAUUAUUUUAAUAAUCACACAAUUGUGACGGAAUUACAAACCAUAAAAUGUGUAAUGUUUUGAACAGUAUUCUGUUGGGAUGGAGAUUUUAUAGGUUCAGACAAAUCUUCUAGAUCUGCUUCACCCAGCAUAUUUUCUAUUCAGUGAUAUAAAGCAUAUUUUAUUCUAUAUUAUUACAAAAAAACGGAAAUGUAUAAACAUGUCAAAAGGAACUGUUGAUGCUUUCUAACAUUUGUAUAAAUAGAAUUCAGUGCAAGUUACAAAAAUUCUGUUGCACCACUAUAGUUUUAGUAUUUCUAUUUUAAUACAUUUGUUUACCACUUGUUUAUGUAUAUGUAGGUGAUGUUACUUGAGCUUAAAUGUACUUUACUGAGCAAAGUUUAAAAAAACAAAGUAUAUUUUAUUUUAUGAUAAAGGGCCUUUAACCUCAUGGUCAAAUACUAAUAUUAUAUUUGCUGAGACAAGAUUUGAAAUUGUAUCAAGAGUUUUAUUUUUCUGACAUUUAAAGUUCUACAUAAUAAAGGUAAAACUUAAGUAAUGGUGCUACUUCAUUUUUUAAGUAUUUCUAU